AUGUUUGAACUCCCAUCUCUAUCUGGACCAGUUGGCGCCACUGUUGAAUCUGGUGCUAAGCUAUCACCAGCUGUUAGACGUCCAAUCGAACCUGUUGGUAAAUUCUUCCUACACCAUGCUCAAAGAACCCUAAGAAACCACACAUGGUCUGAAUUUGAAAAGAUUGAAGCUGAAAAGAACGUCAAGAACGUUGAAGAAUCCAAUGUGGAUCCAGACGAAUUGUUGUUUGACGAUGAAUUAGCUGACGAAAGUCUAUUGACCCACGACCCAAGAGAUUGGAAGACUGCAGACCUAUAUGCUGCCAUGGGUCUAUCGAAGUUGCGUUACAGAGCUACUGAACAACAAAUCAUCAAGGCACACAGAAAGCAAGUGCUAAAGCACCACCCUGAUAAGAAAUCUGCCUCCGGUGCUGGUUUGGAACAAGAUGGUUUCUUCAAGAUCAUCCAAAAGGCAUUUGAAACUCUUACCGACUCUAACAAGAGAGCUCAAUACGACUCUUGUGACUUCGUUGCCGACGUUGCUCCACCAAAGAAGGGUACCGAUUACGACUUCUUCGAAGCUUGGGCUCCAGUCUUUGAAUCAGAAGCUCGUUUCUCUAAGAAGAAGGACAUUCCAUCUUUGGGAGAUAUGAACACAUCUAAGGAAGACGUCGAGAAAUUCUACUCUUUCUGGCACAGAUUCGACUCCUGGAGAACCUUCGAAUUCCUUGAUGAAGAAGUUCCAGAUGACUCCUCUAACAGAGAUCACAAGCGUUACAUCGAAAGAAAGAAUAAGGCUGCAAGAGACAAGAAGAAGACUGCUGAUAACGCUCGUCUAGUCAAGCUUGUUGAAAGAGCUAUGAACGAAGACCCACGUAUCAAGAAGUUCAAGGAGGAAGAGAAGAAAGAAAAGGAAAGAAAGAAGUGGGAGAGAGAAGCUGGAGCCAGAGCUGAAGCUGAGGCUAAGGCAAAGGCUGAAGCUGAGGCUAAGGCAAAGGCUGAAGCUGAAGCUGCUAAUGCUGAAGCUGCUAAGGCCGACAAGAAGAAGGCUAAGGAAGCUGCUAAGGCUGCUAAGAAGAAGAACAAGAGAGCUAUCCGUAACGCUCCAAAGGAAGCUGAAUACUUUGGUGACGCAGACAAGUCUGCUACCAUCGAAGAACAAACAGGUUUGAUUGUGGACUCAUUGGAUGACCAACAAUUAGUUGAUGUUGCCGAAAAGAUCAAGAACAACGCUGCUGAUGCUAAGAACAUUUUGGCUGAAGCCGCUAAGGCUCUAUCCGACGCCGGUAAGCUACCAGCUUCUGUUGUUUCAUACUACCUAUAA